CGGCUGACGGCUGUGCGGGGGGCAGUGCGCAUGCCCGAGGUGCCGACAUGGCGGGGAGCGCGCGGGUGUUCGCGCUGCCGCGGCAGAACUCGCUGUACCCACCGCCCGUCCCCAACCCUUUCGUCCACGAGUUUAACUUCACGCUGCGGGACAAGGCCAAGAUAGCACUGGCCAGUGUCACACUUCUACCCGUGCGCCUUUUGUGUAUUGGUGUGAUCCUCCUGCUCUCUUUGCCAGUAUCAAUUUUGGGAAGCUUCUACUGCCAGGAAUCCUCGGAGCCCAUUGCGCAAUGGAAAAGAUCUGUUAUCCAAUAUGUUUUGACCUGCUUGGGUCGUGCCUUUUUGUUUUGUAUUGGCUUCAUUCAAAUUAAGGUGAAAGGGAAAAGAGCCAAGACUACGGAUGCACCUGUCCUUGUUGUGGCUCCUCAUACAUCUUUCUAUGAUGGAAUUGUGAAUAUUGUAGCUGGGAUGCCAUCGAUUGUCUCACGGAGUGAGAAUGUUCAUGUCCCUUUCUUUGGAAGUUGUUUGCGGUGUAUUCAGCCUGUGCUGGUAUCGCGUCUUGAUCCAGAUUCUAAAAAGAAAACAGUCGAAGAGAUUACAAAACGUGCAACAUCACAAGGGAAAUGGCCCCAGCUUCUCAUUUUUCCAGAAGGGACUUGUACUAAUGGUACCUGCCUCAUCACUUUCAAGUCAGGUGCCUUUAUUCCUGGAGUCCCUGUGCAACCAGUGGUCAUCCGAUAUCCAAACAGAAUAGAUACGGUUACUUGGACUUGGCAAGGACACAGCUUGAGAAAGCUGUUCUUCCUCACGUUAUGUCAGCUCUCCACAAAGGCAGAAAUUGAGUUUUUGCCUGUUCAUGUGCCAACUCAGGCCGAAAUAAAGGACUGUUUCAUGUUUGCAAACAGAGUCCGAGCUACAAUGGCCACACAUUUGGAGUUGCCAGUUACAGAUCACACAUUUGAAGAUUGCAGGUUGAUGAUUUCUGCGGGUGAACUGACUUUGCCCAUGGAAGCCGGCUUGGUGGAGUUUACCAAAAUUAGCAGAAAGCUGAAUUUGAAAUGGGACAACAUAAGGAAACAGCUGGACAGCUUUGCCAUAAUUGCCAAUAAAACAAAGGGUGGAAAAAUUGGUAUUGAAGAAUUUGCCAGCCAUCUGAAACUUCCAGUCACAGGUGCACUUCGGGAACUGUUUGCUCUUUUUGAUCGGGAUGACAAUGGGAGCAUUGACUUCAGAGAAUAUGUCAUAGGUUUGACGGUUCUUUGCACACCUGCCAACACAGAGGAUACGCUUAAGUUUGCAUUUAAGCUAUUUGACCUGGAUGAAGAUGGAUAUAUAACUGAAAAUGAGUUCAGCAGUCUCCUACGAUCUGCUUUGGGUGUGGCUGACCUUGAUGUUUCUAAGCUGUUCUCAGAGAUCGUUGGAAUGGAAGAGGGAAAGGUUUCCUAUGAUGUAUUUCGUGAUUUUUCUUUGAAACAUCCAGAAUAUGCCAAGUUGUUCACCACGUAUCUCGAACUACAGCGGUACCAUGCACUGGAAGGGGAUAUGAACUGGUCUGAAAGACCAUCAAACAGAGGGGACUCAUCCACAUCUUCUGACACUUCAGGCUCAGAGAAAAAAAAGGACUAAUCGCUCAUCAUUGCUUUAUCUCAUAAAGAAGUGACCCAAUUAUGUUUUUAAGAUGCCAUCAUGGAAAUUAGAAAUUUCUGUUGUUUAAAAUUGCCUCCUGCUGUAGUGUAAAAGGCAAACUACCUGCUUAUGUAUUUUAUUGCUUCACACUGGAAAUAUUUUUAUUGCAGUUAAUAGCUUAAAAUGGCCAAACUGUAGGCUGGACAUUGUAAUUAAAGUUUUUUUUAUUUUAAUCUGAAA